UGUUGUAGAUUUUUGCAAUCACGCAAUCGACACAGGCAGUAGUAUCGAUAUAUGUAUGUACUUCUAUCGGUAUAUCUAAUUAUUUAGCAAACAUGCUCGUUGUUUUGUUUUGAAAUAGUUUGGAGCAUAAUGGGCAAGACGAACAAGGACAAACGUGAUAUUUAUUACCGUCAAGCGAAGGAGGAAGGAUGGCGAGCAAGGAGCGCCUUUAAGCUUAUGCACAUUGAUGAGACUUAUCACAUAUUUGAUGGUGUACGACGGGCCGUUGACUUAUGCGCAGCACCCGGCAGUUGGUCCCAAGUGCUCUCCCGCAAACUAACUGGCGACGAUGUUAAAAUAAUUGCCGUCGAUCUUCAGGCGAUGGCUCCAAUUCGUGGCGUUGUUCAAUUACAAGGCGACAUUACAAAGGAGUCCACUGCAGAAGCGAUCAUUCAACACUUUAACACCGGCGAGAAUCAAAAGGCACAGCUCCUAGUAUGCGAUGGCGCACCUGACGUAACCGGCGUCCAUGAGAUGGACAUAUACAUGCAACAUCAACUUUUGGUGUCAGCGCUGAGCAUAGCGACCUUUGUGUUGGAACCUGGCGGUAAAUUUGUUGCGAAAAUAUUCAAAGGCAAUGCAACUAGGUUACUGGACUCCCAAAUGCGUACUUUUUUCAAAAAAUUCGACAUAUAUAAGCCGCCAAGCUCACGACCCUCCAGUUGCGAGGCCUUCGUUGUGUGUAGUGAAUUCAGAUUGCCAAGUGGAUAUAUACCACAGGUGAUCAAUCCGGCUCGGGAUGAUAUAGGUGCGUUGGCCCGAAAGACUGGUUCUAGAGUCAACCGCCGAAUAGUUCCAUUUAUAGCUUGUGGGGACCUAAAUGGUCAGGUCGAAGAUGAGUCGGAUGCAAAAACAAUGGGCAAUGAUGAUAUUGAAUGGGGAUACAACUUUAUCAUGUCUGAUACCGAGUAUCCUCAAGAUUUCAAGGACUUUUUAGACAGCAUAAUUGAACUGGAAAAAACAUUGAAUUCAUCUAAUACGGCCUAAUAGUAUAUCAAAUGUGUAUCGUAAUUUUUGUAUUAAAAGAUAAAAACGAAAA